UUCUCUCGUUUUUCAAUUUUCGGCCGAGUCGAUAUUUGAUUUUCUUUAAAGUUUGAAACUAGAUUUAUAUUUUUAGGCUUUUAUUAAUUGCAGCUUAAAUUCUCUUGCCCAAAUUCCGGUUUUGUAAAAAACUGAAAAUUGGCGGUAUUUUGCGCGGGAACUAGCAUUUAUUUGCAGUUUCCAGUGAAAUGAGAUAUAUUAGUCGUUAGAUAUUUUUUCUUUUACGUUUUAUUGUAAAAAAUGGCAGACGCCUUAGCACAUUUAGUUGUUGAUGGCAAUGAGGCACUCGAAUUGAAACUUGUGCGAGAAGCAGAAGAUAUUGAUGACGAAGAUACAACUUUUGGUCCAGACAUGUGUCAUCAAGUUUUUGGCGAGAAUGAAAAUAUCUUCGGUUACACAGACUUAAAAAUCAAACUUUUUUAUAGUGCAGCUAGCCUGCAAACCUACCUUGGUAUAUCAUACUCAGAUAAGAUUGAUCCAAAAAAGUCUGGAGGCUUGAAGCCAGAUGAUGUGGAAGGUGCACUACAGAAGGUGCUGGCGCCUGGAUAUGUCACCAACAUAGAUCAAUUUGUCUCUAUGCUCAAAAAGGACAAACAGUUCAAACCACAUGGCAAACUCAUUCAGACUUUCACUACAGUGAAUAGGGAUGGAGGAGAAACUCAAAAUUUUGAAGUAUACUAUAGCGAGACCUCAACACCAGGCUUCUUAGCAUUCCAUGAACGACUACAGACAUUCCUGCUGUGGUAUGUUGAUGCUGCUUCUUUCAUUGAUGUGGAUGAUGACCAGUGGACAUUCUUUACUGUAUUCGAGAAGUACCGCAGCAGCGAAGGUGAGUACCGGUACGCGGUGUCCGCGUACGCGACGGCGUACCGCUACUACGCCUACCCGCGCGACACGCGCCCGCGCAUCUCGCAAGUGCUGACCCUGCCGCCGUACAGGAAGAUGGGCAUAUGCGCCAACCUGCUGCAGGCAAUCUAUUCACAUUUCAUUUUGCAGUCAGAAGUGAAGGACAUAACAGUGGAAGACCCCUCGGAUGACUUCCAGAGGAUACGGGACUAUGUGGAUGCUAAGAACUGCGAAACUCUGCCAGCUUACCAGCCUGCCAAAUUAAUACAGGGAUUUUCCACCGAGAUGGCGAAAGAAGCAGGAAACAAGUUAAAGAUUAACAAAAAGCAAGCACGGCGCGUGUACGAAAUCCUGCGCCUCAAGAACACCAACUUAUCGGACAAGACUGCUUACCUCGCCUACAGACUAGAUGUUAAGAACAGACUGAAUGCACCUUUCCAAAAAAAGAAGUUAGAAAUGAAGAAAUUAGAAAAAGUUUUAAAACCAGAAGAAUAUGCGGCGGCCAUUACCACCACGGGGCUAGGAGAAACGCACGCGCGGCUCUCUACCCAGUACCUGGCCUUGGAGGACGAGUACCGACGCAUCAUACACAGGAUGCAACAAGACUAACCCAUGCCAUUGAUUAACCUAUGUAAGAAACAUGUCUCAAGUGUCAAAUGUUCUUCGAAAACUACCACUUAGGCUCAAUUUACAUUGACAGGGAAUCAAAGCUAAUUUCUAGAAUAUUACUUACAUAACAUGUUGAUUUAUACUCCAUCAAGUAAAACAAAAAAUUGGGGUGAAAAAAUUCGCGGGAAUGCCCGCAUUAUUUUGCUCUGUAGAAAUUGUUGUCUUACACUGUCAUGGAGAUAGAAGUAAAUAUGCUAUGUAAUAUUUUAGAAAUUCGCUUCGAUUCUCUAUCAUUGUAAAUUGAGCCUAAGGGUGCCUGUCCAUUGAAAAAGAGCGGGGCGGUGAUGUGUUUAGCAGACCGAUAGAUAGUCCAUCUAAUGAAAGCUGAGUGUGAUUAUUUAAUGUUUUUUGAAUUUAGCUAAUUCUGUAAUACACAAUCUCUGAACUAAAAUGGUAAAAUCAAAGGUCUAAAUCCAUUGCUAUCACUUUCACAAUACUCCCUACAGAAAAGGAUAUCACUAUACAGGGUGUAACCAGAACACUAGCAAAAACUUAGUUACUUACCUACUACCUUACCAUAAUUCAAUGCCAAUGACCAUUUGCAUUAUCUUGUAGUUUUAGUGAUUUAGUAUUUUCAAACUUGCAUUGCAUGCGUGCAAAACUCGGAGUCAAUGCCCCACUUACGACGCGGUAUUGACUUCGAGUGGCCUAUUUACGGAACAUUCGUUGACCUCUAGCGUUAGUCAGAUGUUAUAUUUGCAAUAUAUUGUGAACUUUCAAAAAACACAGGGUAUUUUAAAUUUCAUUUUAGUAGUUUUUUUAUGGUAUCUUAUGAGUAAUCAUCAAUACUUAGUAUCACCUGUUUUUGCUAGCAUUCUGGUUACAUCCUUUAUUUAGACAUAUCCAUUUAGUUUAGAGAUUGUGUACUACAGAAUUAGCCACAAUAGCCGUAUGCCUAAAAUUUAAAAUCUUUUGAGUUUGUCAGUGCACGUUCUUAAAUAUGGCAGGCUAUUUAAAAUACUCUUGAACAAUCGAAAGUCUCGACUGAAAGUCUUAAAAAGUGCAAAAGAAGAUUACCACUAAUUCCUUUGUGUUUUUCUGUAUAAGUUCUUAGUAAGGUGAGGCAAAAUGGAUAAAAAUUUUGAUAAUCAAUAACAUUUCUAGCGAAAUGUCGAAAAAGUGCUAUAGUUGAAGAUGUGAGUUGUUUCUUUAUAUAUUUGGUCAGUGAAUCUUGUUUAGUGUUGUUUGUUUAUUAAAAAAACGUAUAAAUAUGUGACUUCUCACGCGCCAUUUUAUUAAAGGUGAUCCGUACUUUUGACAUUACAGUUGACAAAAUAGAGUUAAAAUGGCGCGUGAAAGUCAUUUUUACGGACUAUAAUUGAAAAUGUGAGUGUAUGUCAUCUCUGUUAUAUUAAAGUCAAUAAAUUGUAUACGAAAGUUCCAAGAUCAUUGACGCCAAAUUGUCUACGGUUCGUCAUUCUACAAAAGACAAUUUCCAUUAUUGUUGAAAUUCGCUUGUUCAGUUUAUCCACCCUAAAAUAGCUACCCUAUGAUGUAUACUCGGAAAUCUGUGUUCACAAAAAUCCACCCUGGACCCCUGGACAAAAACCAAUAUAUUAAUUCGCCGUCCGAGUGUACACUAGGGAGUAAAGUGGUGGAUAAACAUUAUUAAAACAAAUUGAUGUUAUAUUUUUUGAACUUGUGCCUUACACUUUUUUAUUUUUAUUUACUUUCAACAUUUCAAUGUGAUUCAGUUGUCAGGUUUUUGUUAUUCCUUAUAAUUUUUUUGAAACUUUCCUUGUAAUAAAAAAUGUUUGUAAUUUCA